CGCGCAUCGUGCUGCGUGUGGUAUCUGGUGGUGUUAUUUAGAGUGGUCCCGAGGAUAUAUAUCGGACUACAGCGUUAUAAAUUCGUUCUCUGUUCUUAUUUUUUUAGCCAGGUGGUUUUUGUCUCACAGCAGCAGCACACCCUGUGAGCAUCAUGGGCGACCAGGCGGGGCCUGUCGCAGAGCCAGCAGCACCAGCCAUGGAGGACUCGCUGGUGGUGGCCCGGCCGGGCUCUGAGGAGCCGACCGACAUUGAGGACGAUAUCGACGAGACGCUGGGCGAGCGGCUGCUGGGGCUGACCGAGAUGCUGCCGGCGACCGUGCGGGACGUCUCCGGCAAGGUCAUCCAGGGCUCCGUCACAGGCGUCAAAGGAGCCUACGGCCUGCUGUGUUCUUCCUCAUGGAUCUUCUUCUCGUCAGCGGCCAUUUUGCUGGCGCCUCUAGUCUUCGAGAUCGAGCGCACGCAGAUGGAGGAGAUGCACAAACAGCAACAGAGACAGAUUCUGCUGGGCCCGAACGCUGCUGUCUCCGGCUCCAUGAUGUCCCAGCAGGCGGGCAUGUAGCUCCGCCUCCGCCGCUGGCCAGCGCCAGUCAGCGACGGCGCCGCUCCGCCGGCCGCGUGGCGUAGCUCGGAGGGCCCCGCCCCUCGGCGGGACGCCGGCGGCCCGGCAGACGUUGACACUCAGCACCGUCCGCCAUCGGAUGUGUUACAUCUGCGCUGCGUGACGCAGGGACUGCUCUCAGGUGCGAGCGGUCUCCAUCAUCGUGAAUUAUGAUCAGGCAAAAUUAUCGAUCAGGCGUUCGCUAGUAUCAUAUGUGUCAGACACGUGUGCCUCAGCAGUGUCUCCCGGGUACUCAUCGAAGCGGCCGCUCCAGGGUGGCGUGUCGAGUUCUGCCGACCUCUGCGCUGCCGCAUGACCUCCGAGCUGUGGCGUGUGUGCGGCCACGCGGGCCGGGCCGCGCGCCGCCGCGUUCCCUGCGUCACGGCAUCGUCACUGUGCUGUGUUCUCCCGCGGGACGGGCGCAACCCAACGGUCAUGACCCGCUGUCGGGGUGGGCGCCGCUCUGUAACGCGAUGGGUCCGUGUUCUGAGCGAGCCGGGCGGGCGCCGGCCGUGUGGGUGCUCAUGUUCCGGGGGCGUAAUGGGGCAUUCGUGAGAACUGCGUGCUCUGGGGCGUGGCCCAUUGACGUUUGCAGCUGCGAUCGAAUGAAUGACGAAUGCGAAUAAUACAUGUAGAGAUAUGUU